CCUGUUCGUUUUAGUGCUGGUUGGGAGUUUAGUUCAGGAGCUGACAAGCAACACGAACAAAAAAGAAGGCAGACUUGCUUGUCGCCGCCUGGCGGCCACACGGAGCAGGAGAGAGAGAGAGAGAGAGAGAGAGAGAACGCGCUCGGAGCAUGUCGCCUCCCGUGGCUGCACCUCACUGCUCUCGACCUUUCAGACUCCACACGUGAACGGUUUGUUCUUCUUCUUCUUCUCUGAACGCGUUGCCUCGCCGCGCGGCUCGGGCGGACUGAAGCGCCGCGGCGUCGGACCGGAGGAGCAGCUGCUCUCUGCUGGGAUUCCUUCUUUCUCUUUUUCUUUUUGGACACAACUUGUGGGCUGAGAAGUCGCCCCCGCCGUGGCCCGCUGGUUUGUUCGGAGCUGUUGUCGCAGAGAAAGUGUGAAACAAGUGUCAGAGGGGGAGGAGGGGGAGACGAGCAACAGAUGAUUUUCCGAGGAUAUGCGGCCGGCUGAGGAAUGAGAGCAGCUGCGAGGCACCGGCCGUCCUUCCAGCGGUUCUGCUGCUGUGGACUCGUGCUGGUCGCCGUCAUCUGGCUCGCGCAGGUCAUCCAGGCACCAGAAGCAGAAUCUUCUGGGUUUCUGCCAGGCGUGAACGGCGGGGGGCUGCGUUGGACUCGCCGGCUGAUGCAGGAGAAGUCCGACAACCAGAGCCUGGAUCAGCCCCGAGCAGCCAUUCACGAGUUUCCAGAGGACAUAUUUACCAAGGAGCAGAGGAAGAAGGGGGCUGUGUUGUUGCAUACACUCUGUGCCAUUUACAUGUUCUACGCCCUUGCCAUCGUCUGUGACGACUACUUUGUGCCUUCCCUAGAGAAAAUAUCUGAGAACCUGCAGCUCAGUGAAGAUGUGGCCGGGGCGACGUUCAUGGCUGCAGGAAGCUCCGCCCCAGAGCUUUUCACCUCUCUCAUCGGUGUUUUCAUCACUAAAGGAGACGUCGGCGUUGGCACGAUCGUCGGCUCUGCUGUCUUCAACAUCCUGGUCAUCAUUGGCCUAAGUGGGAUCUUUGCAGGCCAGACAGUGGUUUUGACAUGGUGGUCUCUUUUCAGAGAUUCCUCGUACUACAUCCUCGCUGUAUUGACCCUCAUCAUGGUUAUCUAUGAUGCCACAGUAGUCUGGUGGGAGUCUCUGCUCCUCAUGACCAUGUAUGGAAUCUACAUCAUAAUCAUGAAGUUCAACUCCCCACUUCGGGCAUUUGUGACGCGUCAGUUGAGGAGCGUCAGGCCGUGCUGCGUCGCAUCAGAGGAUCACACCGAGGACAAGAUGGUGGAGGACGUCUCCGCCUGCAACACCUCCAUGGUGCUGCUCAACAAAGGACAAGCCCAUGGUCAGGAGCCUCCUCCUGUCAUUAUGGUGGACGAGCUCCUCAUCCUCAACCCCCACAAACUGUCCUUCUCUGAGGCCGGCCUGCGCGUCAUGAUCACCCCCCACUUCUCCCCCCGCACCAGGCUCUCCAUGGCAGGACGCAUGCUCAUCAGCGAGAGACAGAGGCUGAUCCGGACUUCGAAAAACCAGUGGGACGGCGAGGCAGCCGUCGCGUCGAGAGGUGGGUCAAACAGCAACAGCCUGAAGAGGACGGGCUCCUGCAGUCUGGAGAACGGAGGAGGAGGGAGGCCGGGGAUUGGCGACGCGGAGCUGGGAGAUAAGUCAGGGGCCGAGGUUUGCCAGCAAGAGGAGGAGGAAGAGGAUGAAGAUGGGAUUUUCAGUCCCGUGCGGAUACCAGGUGGCUGCUGUGCGCGGGUGAGGUGGGUGAUCUCGUGGCCUCUGGGCCUUGUGCUCUACUGCACCGUGCCUAACUGCAUUCUGCCUCGCUGGCACCGCUGGUUCAUGGUCACCUUCGUGGCCUCCACCCUGUGGAUCGCCAUCUUCUCCUACCUCAUGGUGUGGAUGGUAACCAUCAUCAGCUUCACACUCGACAUCCCAGACUACAUCAUGGGAAUAACCUUCCUGGCAGCAGGGACCAGUGUGCCAGACUGCAUGGCAAGUCUGAUUGUAGCACGACAAGGCAUGGGGGACAUGGCAGUGUCUAACUCUAUAGGCAGCAAUAUCUUUGACAUCCUGCUGGGUCUGGGUUUCCCUUGGGCUCUGCGUACCCUUGUGGUGGACCACGGUUCAUCAAUCUCCAUAAAUAAUAAAGGACUGGUGUAUUCUGUCGUGCUGCUGCUGGCGUCCGUGUUUCUCACAGUGAUGAGUGUCCAUCUGAACCACUGGAAGCUGGAUCGCCGGCUGGGUCUGUGCCUGCUGCUUCUUUACGCCAUCUUCCUGCUCUGCUCCAUCCUCUUUGGGCAGAUGUGAGGCCCAGAGGUCAAAGGUCAAACCCUGUCAGACGACAUGCUGAGUAUUUACCUUGCUACCGACACGUACUCUUUCCUGAAGCAAAAAACAAAGAGUGACAGCAUCGUUGUGCACCUCUGUAGGUUUCGCUCGGGGGACUGCACAAACGCACACUGACGUCUUUAAUCAGUAGCACACAAUAGUUCGUUUUUUCCCUCCUUUUCGUACAGUGCAGUGUUUGAAAGCAGUCGGUCUUUUAUGUUUCAAAUCAGGUGAACCUAAAUUGUUCUGGUCCUUAUCUUGGUUGUUGCAGUUUUGUGGCUGUGCUCUGAUAUUUGUUGAUAGUUAUAAAACCUGACUGAGCUGAAAAUUUCUGUCUCCAUCCCAUAUCAAAUAUAGUUCACCCCAGUUUAAAAAUUUUAAAGGACAAAAAUGUAAUCUCCACGAACAUUUGUCGCCAAAAGUAUCAUUUCUGAGACUGUGUCCUGCUCCGAGUGAGCUUGGCAGCUGACGAGUGAACAAACUCCCGACUGCUUCUGCGUAAUAAUUCCUUUUUGAAUAACUGAUGUGCCGUCAGUGUUCAUUAAAGCAGUGCGCCGCAAGAAGUAACACACAUACACCCUCCUACACGUUGACAAACUAAUUAUUGAUUGUGCACAUCCCAUGAAUUGUUAAAAUCCCCUGCAGUGAGCACAAAUUAAGUUCUUAAUGACUCAAAGGUCUGGUUCCACCGGGUUCCAUCUCUGCGGCUCUUUGCCUCCGUCUACUGUUCAGUUUAUUUAUUUAUAUUUUUAAUGUUUGUGUUUUUUUCCGAACGCUGCUGAGCAAAUCAUUUACAGGAACAUUAGCAAGUUGGCUUUAUUAACCACAAAGCAGACAGGAAUCUAUUCUAUUAAAGACUCCGUUUAUCUGCCUGUCAUCUUCUCUGCUGCUGUAUCCACACGUCUUCUCCUCAGGAUUGGUCAGUCGCGCCUUUGUCUAGAUAUACUGCUCAAUGAGCAGAGGCAGCAGACUGCUGCAGUUCCAUAUUUACCUUAGGUUAAAUGAGACGUACCAAUAAAAAAACCACAAGGCUACAGAACAAAACAAAUUGAGAUAUUCAUCAGUGGGGGUUGUAACUUUUAUUUAAGGAGAUAAAACAUAAUUCCUCUAAAGAUUUCACCAAUGUCUGCCGUGUCAUGUAUCGGAUUAUUCGAAAUUGUCUGUUGGCACUAGAUUGGAAAACCCUCGUAUGUUUUGAAUGUACACCCAUGCAGAUUUUACCGUUAGUGUGGAAAUAUUAAAAUGCAUCAAAAUGUAGCAGGCGGCACCAACUUACAGCGAGGAACUUAAAUCCUACAAUAAGUGUCAGAAGACUUUUAGGAUAGAAGCACUGAUAUGAAAAAUUCAUAUUGUGAUAAUGUUUUAACGGUUUUUGACUCAUUACCUAUAAGCAAGCAUCGGUACAGUUCAGCGGUAAAAAAAAAUUUAUGAGCCUAGUCUUACAGUAUUUUUAGAGAUCUUAUUAUUAUGAAAUCUAAUAUAAUGUUCUUCUAUGAGUGUCACAGACUUUGAUGACUUUGCGUUCGGUUUAGUUGUAAUACCUCACGUUUAGGUACGACAAUCGAUGUUUGUAUCGUUUCUUGUACAUUUUAUGACAUUAAGUCACUUUGGUGGAACAUUUUUACUGUAGUCACGACAGAUGCAGAACAAUACAAACCCACACAAACAAAUACUACAUUUGUGUAUUAUGGCAAAUAAUGCUGCAUCUUCCAUACCUGUAUACCAUCUGCUCUCUUGUCCUAUAAGAAAACUGCAAUCUGGAUUAAUUCCCAUCUUUUGUGUUCGAGGAUGACAUGCUGUCAUUUUUAGUUAUUUAACCCAUAAAGUCAAGAUAUGUUCCACCAAAGGGAUGAGGGGUAAUUAGUGUUUUGAUGGCUGUAUAAUUAUAAUUGUCUUAUUGACAAUACUUUUUACUGUUUGUAAAGGUUCAAUAAUUUUUAGUUUUACAAUAACAAAUGUUUGACAGAGACUAGUUUUGUGGUGUUUUUGAUAUUUUUUAAAAAGAAUACAUAUUGUAAGCCUUGUGGAUUAUUAUAGAAAAUUAAUACAUAUUUUGUCACUUUGUUUAGUGGAAAAUGAAGACUUAUCAAAUUAGACUAGUGUUCUAGAACUUAAUGAAUUCAAUUGCAGUCGUGUCUUUUCAAAUUUGAAUCUUUUGUUUUUUUUAUUUCGUAUUGACUCAUUGACAUUCAACCAUGUCGCCUCAUUUCAUACAAAGGAACAUAUGGAGAGUGAGAGUCGUGUUUACAGGCUGACAUUAAGUUUAAAGAGAAUGAUGUGAGCAUACGAAAAGUUUUCCUUAUUUCAAGAGCUGAAAUGUUUCCAACAAAUUUAAAUGGCAGUGUGUAUUUACCACUUUUUUUUUUACUAAAUCGUCAUGAAAACCUUAAUGUGUUUCAUCUAUUGUUCAUACUUUCUCUCUUAGCGACAGUUUAAAAGUGUAGUGAGAUAUAACAGUUCCUCAUCUGCUCAAAUGUUGAUUUUGAUCUUAAUGGGGCUUCAGGAUGACAGAUGAAAUUCUAAAAUGUCAGAUGAAAAAAACAAAUUAUAAUUAUUAAUACUUAAUUUAUAUGUACUUUUCCAUCAGCGAUCAGGAUUUGAGGAAUAGUUUGCAGCUGAGCGUUUGUGUCACCCAAGAAAAGUCAAUCGACAGCUACUUCGAUAAUCAAUCAUUUUCAAUUAUUGGUCUUAAAUUCAAAUCUAGUAAUAAUUUCAAUACACUAGACGUGGCUACAGAACAGAACUCUGGUGCUGGUGGUUUCACAGCAAACACAGGAUGUUCUGUCUGUUCCGCUGUGACGUUGAGAGUUCGAAGGUAUUUAAGAGUUUAAAUUAAUUGCUUUAGAAAUCGUAUUGGAGCAUAGAAGACUGUUGUAUCUUGAGUGCAAUAAAAAAAAGUGCAAUAACA